AUGGACUCGAGUUACUCAGCCCUGCACAGUGCCACAGGACUGAGUGUAUACCAGGAGCCAGCGGUGCAGAAGGCAGCACCUGGAAGUAGUGUGACGUUCACUUGCCAGGUGGACGAUGCCCAGAAUGUCGAGAAACUCUGGGUCAUAUGGAACAAGGACGAGGUCCUCCUGUGCCAGGCCCGGGUCAACUAUAGGAGCUUCAGCCAAGGGACCUGUGGCCCCCGGGGCCGGUUCUCCUGGAGGCCGCCUGGCGUGUUCAGCCUGCAGCUGAGCCCCAUGAGCAGGAACGACAGCGGCCACUACACAUGUUGCUUCACCCUGGAGAUCCCCAGCUUGGAGGAGGUCUCAGGCAAUGGGACACGGCUCCAGGUGGAGGAGACAGACAGCAAGCGCACUGACGCCCGGGAGACGGACAGCUUUCCAGGACUCUACUCCGUGCUGCUGGUGGUAGGGAUGGUGACUGUGACCCUGGUCAUCCUGGGGACUGCCGCCUGCAUCUGGCGCCGCUGCUUUUGCCGCCACCGCCACUCUGGGAACCCGCCCGAGAAUCCUCUCUACAGUAAUGUUCCCUACCGUCCCCGGCACACCCCAAAGAAGACUGCAGACUGGCCUGUGGAAGGGAAGGUUCUGGAAGGCCACCAAGAAGAUCAGAAAGACCAGGGCGUCUACGCUACCACUCUGCCCAAAUCUCCCAGGCCCCAGCAGCGGUUGAUUCCCAAAACUUGCCUCAGCCCCAACCCCAAAAUCAAGCAUCCGGUCUCUGUAGCAGGAGCCACCUCUGGCCAGUGGGGCCCAAGAAGGCUUCUUGAAGCGGACAGAAGAAUGGUCAGCGGGCCGGCGAGGACACCGCCUCCUAGUGGCCGCAGGAAGAUGUGA